UGUGGGUCGUUCCGCGCGUCCACACUAGGAGGCACCGCCGCUGCCUGCUUCCCCCAUUCACUCUCAGCACCGCACAGCAACCGGAAGAAGCUGUUUGAAUGUGUCUUACCAUGUAGCACCAGUCUGAAGUUGAAGUGUCCGACGCCCGCUCUCUGCAAACCGAAGAAUACUACAGAUAUGUAGCUGACAAGCCGAAAGACGUCUCUUCAUCAGCAGAUCAGAAGCAAAAAUCGAUUCAUAUUGAACCCAUCGUUGUUGAUUUCCCUAGAGUAGAGUGAUGUCUGGAGCGUCAAGCAAUGAUUGUCCACACUUGGAGUGUGUGGGGGAGAUCACCAAGGAAGAACUCAUCCAGAAAUCUCAUGGUCAGUGUCAGGACUGUAAAGUCGGGGGACCAAACCUUUGGGCUUGUCUAGAGAAUGGCUGUUCGUAUGUUGGCUGUGGGGAAUCACAUGCGGACCACAGCACUGUCCACUCUCAGGAGACACGGCACAACCUGACGGUGAAUCUGACCACUUUGAGAGUGUGGUGCUACGCCUGUACCAAGGAGGUUUUCCUAGAAAGAAAACUGGGUCCACACGCACAGUUGCCCAGCGCUGCCAAGUCCAUCUCCCCAGUACAGACUCCCAGCCCGGACCCCAAAGCUCCUGGGAGCCCCACCUCGCUGAGAGUUCCUCCAGCAGGAGCCUGUGAUGACCUGGAUAUGGAGACCGAGGAGGAGGACGAACUGAGGACCAGAGGUCUGACUGGACUGAAGAACAUUGGCAAUACCUGCUACAUGAAUGCUGCUCUCCAGGCGCUUUCCAACUGUCCUCCACUGACACAGUUUUUCCUGGACUGUGGUGGUCUGGUGAAGACAGACAAGAAGCCAGCGCUAUGCAAGAGCUAUCAGAAACUCAUCACAGACCUUUGGCACAAAAACAGGAACUCCUAUGUUGUUCCUACAAAUCUAUUCCAGGGCAUUAAGGCUGUAAACCCAAUGUUUCGUGGUUAUUCCCAACAGGACUCUCAGGAGUUCCUGCGUUGUCUGAUGGACCAACUCCACGAGGAGCUCAAGGAGCCCAUUCCUGAACCCGAGGACCCAAACCAGGCUGUGGCCAUGGAUGACAGUCCCGACGAGGACCACCACAGCCAAUCAGAUGACUUCCAGUCUUGCGAGUCUUGCGGCAGCAGCGAUCGUGCUGAUAGCGAAGGCCUCAGAGUCCCAGAAGACAUCAAUGAAGCUGAGAUGCUGAUUUCAGAGCAGAACCAAAACAACCGAGAUUGGCAGAAAGAGAAGAAUCUCAUCAACAACCUGUACCGUGCCGGUUCCCAUGGCGACCUGGAUAAAGAUGUGGACACGACCAAUGAGUCGAGGCCAAUAAUCAGCAGCCAAGGAGCCAUUAAAGCCCAGGGCCGAAAUUCUGAUUCAAACCCUGAAAUCCAGGUCAGCAGUUCCAUCAGACCACACAGUCCCAGUGGAAAUGAGGGUGUCACAUCUAGACUGUCCAGCAGUCCCCCCAAAUCCUCAAUGUGGCCAAUCCUGAGCUCUGCUCACAAGAAAGUACCCUCGUUCACCCCACCAAAGAGCAAGCGACAGAGGAAAUAUCGCAGCAUCAUCUCUGAAGUGUUCGACGGCACCAUUGUCAGCUCAGUUCAGUGCCUGACCUGUGACAGGUUGCAGAGAAAUGUACUUCAUUUUAAAACUGACAGAGGUCUGAGUGUGGAUAUGCUAGUGAGAGCUUCUGUUUCGGUGACUUUGGAGAAUUUCCAGGACAUCUCUCUGCCCAUCCCAGGGAAAGAGGACCUUGCCAAGCUGCACUCUUCCUCCCACCAGACGGCUCUAGUCAAGGCUGGUUCGUGUGGAGAAGCCUAUGCCCCUCAAGGCUGGAUUGCUUUCGUCAUGGAAUAUAUCAAGAGUUGGUUCUGGGGGCCUGUGGUCACGCUGCAGGACUGUCUGGCUGCCUUUUUUGCAAGGGAUGAACUAAAAGGAGACAACAUGUAUAGCUGUGAAAAAUGCAAGAAAUUACGGAAUGGGGUCAAAUUCUGCAAAGUUCAGAGUUUGCCAGAGAUUCUGUGCAUUCACCUCAAGCGCUUCAGACAUGAACUUAUGUUCUCCACCAAAAUCAGCACUCACGUGUCCUUCCCUUUGGAAGGCCUCGAAAUGCAGCCCUUCCUGGCCAAGGACUGCUCCGCCCAGACCACCACCUAUGACCUGCUGUCAGUCAUCUGUCACCACGGCACUGCCAGCAGUGGCCACUAUAUUGCCUAUUGUCGGAAUGAGCUGAACCAGCUGUGGUACGAGUUUGAUGACCAGAGCGUUACUGAGGUGUCUGAGUCCUGUGUUCAAAACGCUGAGGCAUAUGUGCUCUUUUACAAGAAGAGUAACGACGAGACUCUGAAGGAGAGGCGGAAGGUGACCAGUCUGCUCAACAUGAUGGAGCCAAGUCUCCUGCAGUUCUACAUCUCACGCCAGUGGCUGAACAAGUUCAAAACCUUCGCUGAGCCAGGACCCAUCUCCAACCAUGACUUCCUGUGUGCCCACGGAGGAAUUCCACCAAAUAAAGCCUCGUCUGUUGACGAUCUUGUUAUGAUGCUUCCCCAAAAUGUAUGGGACCAUCUGUAUAGCAGGUAUGGAGGCGGCCCCGCUGUCAAUCACUUGUAUGUCUGCCACACCUGCCAGAACGAGAUCGAGAAGCUGGAAAAACGCCGCAAAAAUGAGCUGGACAUGUUUGUUCGGCUCAAUAAGGCGUUUCAGGAGGAGGAGUCUCCAGUGGUGAUAUACUGUAUCAGCAUGCAGUGGUUCCGGGAAUGGGAAGGCUUUGUCAAAGGCAAGGACAUUGACCCACCAGGACCAAUUGAUAACUCCAAGAUUGCUGUAAAUAAAAAUGGACACAUCACAUUAAAACCAGGUGCUGAUUCUGGUCAGAUAUCUGAAGAGACCUGGAACUUCCUCCAUUCCAUUCACGGAGGAGGGCCGGUGGUGACCGUGCGACCCAGUGUCAGCCAUCAGGAGGCCGAAACUUCCCAGGCAGAAGAGAAGAUCGAAGUGGAGACGCGCUCAGUGUAGUUGUGCUGCAAUGCUGCUGGAACGCAAUGGGACCGAGAAACCCUUAUCAUUUUGCACUUCACUCUUGUUUUCAAGCAUUCGAGCAAAGGACCUUACAGCUUCACCUCAGCAUACACACUUCUGCCACACUCUCUAUACCCUUUAUGACUGUUGUUUAUAGCAGAUGGAUGGAUUAAACGUCCUCCAGUGUGCUUUAUAUUUGUAUAUAUCAUGCAUAUCCAUUUCCUCCUGACACUAGAAGCCAAUUAGACUUAAGGCACAGUUUCACAGUCCAUUAAUGCAUUCGAUUUCUAUGUGCAGCUGCGUUCAUGACAGAUUUUGCUUCACCCAAACCAAAUGGCCUAUGAUUUGUGUACACCGAAAAUGAAUUCCACUGCAUCUGUAGAUAUUUUUUGAGGCACUGCCUCGAUUAAGAAAACGAAGGAAUAUGUUGUCUUAGUGGAUGAAAACUUCAUGUUUUGGGUAUGAAGGGAUACUAAAUGCUACGUAGUCUCAGGAAAGAACAUUUUUGUUUUGCACUGUACUGUAGAUUCAAAAGCGUGCAUGCUUCAGCUCUGAUGUUCGAUAUGUAUUUGAAUGUACUAGUACUUAAAGAACACACGUUCCUGCACUAAAUGUUAUUUAUUCCAGAGGGGUAUGAUUAUUCUGGCAUUCAUGGACGUUUUCUUAGUUUGAAAAUGAUUCGACGAGCUAAAUCUAAGCGGAAUGCACGCUAAUAGGAAUGAUGUGGCACAUUAUGCUGGCAAGAAAAUCAAUUCCUCAUUUUUAUUUGUGUUGCAUAGCUGUGCCGCUGGGUUGCAUGGAGAUGCAAACAAUAAGGUGCACAUUUGAACACAUUGAUGGCUGUCUUGUUUAAAAAUGCUAUGUGAAAGAAAAAAUCAGAUCCUGCUGCCUCACAUGUGUACAUUCAAGGCGUUAUUUAAUGUAUAGAAGGAUGUGAUGUCGUUUUUCAAUAUUAAUUGUCCGCAGAGAUGAAAGCUGUAUCUGAGUGGCUACUAUUAAAUCGGAAACUUAUGCUGUUGA